AUGGACUUCGACAUCACCACCGCGCGCCCCGCGGGCCCGCGCCCCGCCGCCCCGGUCGCGGCGCCCCAACAGCCCGGCGGCACCCAGGCGGGAUCGGCCCACCAUCAUCCGCCCGGCGCGGGCGGCGCCUCGACGUCCCCGCCGGUCGCCCCCGACGACGUCCCCGCGUCCAUCUUCAUCACGGGGGUGUCUCCCGCGGUCAACGACGGGACCCUGCGCGAGUUCCUCGAGUGCUGCGGCCCGCUCCGAUCGCUUGCGCAGUUCGGCGACGUCCCUUUGCCCGGUCAGCCGCGCCAGUACGUGGCCACGUACGCCGACGUCGCCGCCGCGCAAUCCUCCUUAGUGCUCAACAACAUGACGCUCGUGGACCGCCCCAUCACGGUGGUCGCCGCGGAGCGCGCCGUCGGCCCCGGCGGCGUGCUCGAUCUCUCCAAGGGGGGCAGCUCGGCGGUGCCGUCCGGCGCGGACCUCCUCAACCCCCUGGCGUCCAUGGAGCAGGCGGUGAUGACCGGCCUCGUCGAGGAUCCGCUCAAGCUGUGGCGCCAGGCUGCGGAGAAGCUCCCGUCCUGGUUCCCGGCGGGGUACAAGCGAUGCGCCCUGUUCGUCCCCAUCCCGCACCUCAUCAACGGCGCCAUGGCCGCCGCCGAGGCGAGGAUCGAGUUCGAGAAGGAGGUCCGCGACACAGCUGGCGGCCACGUCGACGACAGCGACGUGUCACGAACCGUGUACGCCGGCAACGUCAACAGCUCGAUCACCGAGGACAUGCUCGCGGAUUUCUUCUCCAUCGCCGGUAACGUCACGUACGUCAAGUUCGCCGGGAGCGAGUUCAACCCGAGCCGAUUCGGUUUCGUCGAGUUCGACACCAAGGCGGCGGCGGAAUCCGCCAAGGCGCUCACGGGCACGCAAGUGGCGGAGAUGACCAUCAAGGUGAAGCACAGCAACAACCCGAUCGUGAAGGACCGGAUGCGGAACUUCUGGGGGACGUGCAGGACGGAGCGACGGCGGCGGAUGAGGAGAGAGCGGAAGCGGUUCAAGGAGAAAGAACGGGAGCGGCUUCGAGGGGGCGAGAGCAGCUCGUCAGAGUCCGAGAGCGAAUCGUCGAGCUCGAGCAGCGAGGAGAGGCGGCGAAGGCGAAGGCGGAGGCGGGAGCGGGAGGAGCGCGACGAGAAGCGCGAGAAGAAAAGCCGGGACAAGGAUGCGGACGAGGGCGGCGACGAGAAGGAGAGGAAAUCUUCUCGCGAGAAGAAGGAGGACGCGAGGGAGAAAAAGUCUGACGAGGAGGAGGACGAGAAGAAACUCAGGGAGGAGGCCAGGCGCUCGCGGAAAUCUCGACGGAAGAGCGAGGGGGAGGGCAAGGAGGACGCGGCGUGAUUCGACGGAGCCAAGUUAGCGUGAUGAAUGGUAAUCUCCGAGUUACAGACGAUG